AUGAUUUUCUCGCCUAGCCUCAGGGGUUGUCAGGUCAGCUGCCAGCUGCCCGAGGGAUUGACUGCCUUGCUCAACAGCUUCAAUCUGCUCGAAAACUCUAGCUUUGCAAAGGGGGAUUUUGCUGAACUCUGCGUCGCAUUCCCCCCCUCCCGGCUUCCGCGCGUGCUUCUUCUCCCCAGGUCCAACACCCUUCGCUCGCAAGGCACCAUGGGAGCGCCAGUGCUCCAGCCAAGUCGCAAGCAAUCCAUUGACUCAAGCCCUCAACACCAGGAAACAGAACUUGCCCAAGACCUGGCUUUGGGCGCCAGGCUCGCCUGUGUAAAGUCGGUCGACAGCCAUGGCGAACCACCUCCCUCAAUGCCGACGGGUUUCGCGCAAAGCUCCCUGUCAAAACCCAAACCCUACCCAUCGGAUGACGGCGCAACGCCCGCAGACGACGAGGGAUGGGACCAAGACGAAGAGAAUGACGACGAACCCGCGACUCCUAACAAUGAUCAAGACGAAAGCAACUGUGCUCCUUCGCCGCCGCCACGCUCCGUGGCCAAACGGCGUUCCGCAAACCACACGAGGACUCGUGCAAAAUCCGAGCCCAAACGCCCACCGUCCGACUUGGACAGGCUCCCCGGCGAGAUUCGAUACCUCAUCUAUAAAGAACUCCUGGUGUCAGACAAAGCCGUUCGCGUCCGGGGCCACUGGAAGAUCGUAUACAAGCGUCAAGGGCUUGCCAUACCAACCAGCAUCUUACGCACAUGCCGCCGCGUCUACAAUGAAGCAAUCGGCGUCUUGUACGGCUGCAACACGUUUCUGUAUCUAAUGAGGGACAGCAACAAAGGCGUCACGGAUGUUGACCGAGUCGCCCUACUCGACCAGGACGGCGCAAGGCUCCCCAUGAGCACCAGUGCUGACGACGAAGCUGGAUAUGAGGACCUCGACGAUGCCGCGGAUGGCAGCCACGACGACUCGGAAUGGCAAGAAGAAAGUGUCGCCCCCACUCGUCCUCGACGACGAAGACCCCGCCGAGCCGCGAAACCUGCCGAUGACGACGACGACAUCAAGGUUGGCAAAUAUCUCCACUUGUUUCGAAACAUUGCCAUUGAGGCAGAGAAGAACAUGUUCUCACGGUCCACCAAGAAAUUGAUGGCUGCGGCCCUGAAGCCCUUCGCAUACAAGGGCAAGAAGACCACGCCCUCGUCCGCGCCCAGCUCGCCGACGAAUAUCCAAACACUCACGAUACGAGUAGCCCCGGAGUGGGAUGCCAUUGGCGGCCAAGACGGAUUCGGCUGCUUCACCUUCGCAGACUUCUUCGACAAGGACUCUGUCACCAUGAAGGCAAUCCUAUCCGUGGACUGCCGUUUUCUGCGCAUCGACAUAUCGACAAAGUACCAAACCGGUGCUAGCCUCUUCCCCGGCCGCGGCUUCACCAUAGAUCUCACCUGCGCGCGUAUCAUGAGAUUGGUGAGCCGCACCGGGAGGGACCCGUGGAAGCAUGACAUGGCUAUGCAGGAACAGAGAUGGAAAAAGUGUCAAGCAGCAAGAGAGGCGUUGGGCUCGCUGGCCCCUAGAUUCUCCGAGUUUUGCGAAAAAUUCCUGGAGCGGGAGACGCGGGACGAUGAUGAGGCGUUCUGA